AUGAGUUCGAUCAAGGUGGAGGAGAUGCCAGCCAUGGAGAUGGACGGAGGGCCCCUCGAACUUCCUCCCGGCUUCCGAUUUCACCCCACAGACGAAGAGAUCAUAACUCACUACCUCACCAAGAAGGUCGCCAAUAACAAUUUCGAAGCGAAAGCAAUCGGGGAAGUCGAUCUGAACAGAUGCGAGCCAUGGGAUCUUUCCAGUAAGUUUUUUGAUCCUUCGAUCACCCCUCUCCCCUCCUCUUUCCUCCUCCCUUCCUCAGCCCUUGCCCUUGGUUUUCGGUGAUGAAGGCAAGGCGAAGAUGGGGGAGAAGGAAUGGUACUUCUUCUGCCAGAGGGACAGGAAGUACCCAACGGGGAUGCGAACGAACAGGGCCACGGAAUCUGGAUACUGGAAGGCCACUGGAAAGGACAAGGAGAUCUACAAAGGGAGGAAUUGCCUCGUAGGAAUGAAGAAGACCCUUGUUUUCUACAAGGGUAGGGCUCCCAAGGGAGAAAAAACCAACUGGGUCAUGCACGAAUACAGGCUAGAUGGCACUUCCUCUCACUACAAUUUGCCCACAGCUACGAAGGUACGAUCGCUGUGGCGCUCUUCUUCUCUACCGGCUAUUCGUAUCUGAUUCAAAAUCAACCAAUAGUUACUUGAUCACAUGAUUUGACUUGCCUGUGAAAUCACUCAACAAGUCUCUGAUGAUGAUCUUUCGAACUUUGUUUGUGGUUGCAGGAUUCAUGGGUGGUAUGUAGGGUGUUUCAUAAGAGUGAAGGCUUGAAGAAGGCACCUUUGGCGGAGGAGCCGAAGGCUGACUCCUUCGGAAUGGAACUACAAUCGGAAGACGACUACUUCGCCUCCCCUUCUAUGCCGUCCAUUCUCGAUUCUCCUCGCUACAAUCCUAGCGAUGGACACUCAUACUUCCUCGACGACGGCGACCGCGACUUCAAGGCGAUAACUCCAUCUUCCUCCUAUCCAUCUUAUUUACAGUCUACCAUGGACACGGGAAAUCUCCAAGCCUUUAAGAGCAGCAUGCUCCACCACACCCCUCAAGUUAACCCUUACAAUAUGCAGAAAAGCCCCAUAUCUUACCCACAAUCUCCAUUCCCACAUGCCUACCACUCCUUCGAAAGCUCGCCCAACGCCGGCGUUGCCCACCAAGAGAGGAACCACAACUUUACUUUCAAUGAGAACGCCAUGCUGAGAGGCGCCGCCGCUGUGAGGAGCCACUCCAACCUGUCAAUGGGUGGCGCUCCCCCAGAAAACGGGUUCGAACAUCGGUAG